UGCGUAUUCGGUCCACGGAACCGAAACCGUACGGAUCGAUACCGUGACAGUCACAGUCACUUCCCAAACAGAUAGCAGCUCUGUCGUUCUCCGGUCUUUUGUAAAUAUUUACAUGAAGCCGAUUACUAUGACUCAGGAUUACUGAUCGCAGUUUUCAGAAGAGAAACCGAUUGUCUAGCAGCCUAUCAACGGCCACAUGCUAAAAUUGCGGCUGGUGACAACCCACUUCCUGAAACAGCCAUAGAUUUGAGAUGUGUCGUGAUAGAGAUAUGAACCCUUAAAUUUAAAAUCGAGAGCAUCUAUCAUUAAAAAAUGUUCCGUCGAUCGAAUCACAAUCGCUGCGUAGUUUUGUACCUAAGGAGCAACCAGGAAUUUUGAAAGGAACAAAAAGUAUGAAAGGACCCGCCAAGAAAGAAGAGACACAAAAAGUGGUACCGAGAAUUGAUUAUGAGUCGAAGGCAGGAAAAAUAAAGAAGGCAUUUACUUCUUGCUUAGGAUCGAAACCUACAUCGACACCCACCACUUACGAUGAGGCCAAAGCCAGUUGUAAAGCCCGCAAACGCAAAGAAAGGCAGGAGAGCAUCAGCUCCCUCUGCGAAGACAGAAAAGUCAUCCGAUCCAAUUCGGAGGAAAGGCCAGCUCAAAGAAAGCAUUUGGAGAAGAAAGACAAUAUCAGACGUGUGUCCAGCAAUGAAGACUUCAUCAAAUCCGCAUCUAUAGAAAAAAUUAACGUUUCGCCAAACAGGUAUUCCAACAAUGAUAAAACAUUAACCUACGAAGAUUACGAGCACGAAAAGAGGAGGUCGCACGAAAGAUUUUCCCGUCCGUUGGCUUUGAAAAGUAGAAGAAACCAUCCUAAUAAAAGACUCAAGGUCAGAUAUGUGUCGAAGCCAAAGUUCAAGCAUGAAUCCAGCGAACAGCAAAAAGAACACUCCCUAAAUAAAGUGGUCAUACCGCAAGGCAUCCAAGCGGUGGAUGUAGACGUUAAACAUGCUGAACCGGCCGAAGCGGAUACAGUCAGCUUGUCGAAAUUUCUACGCCUUCAUAGUCUCGAAAGCGAAAGAUCGCCCAGCCCCGUUAACACUCCUGUCUCUCCAGUAUUAGAUUUAAAAACGUUGCAUGAACAAAUAGACUGCUCUGAACCAGUAUUAUCCAGCUACAACCAAAAAAUCGAAGAAAGUACUGAAACACCCAGCAUAUCCCUUGCCAACAACAGACUUCUACUAUCACCACGAAACUCCAUUAUAGCUACUCACCGUAUAUACUUAGACAAGGACGUACCGCAAAUUAAAGCUGCCCUAGAAAAGAAACCUAAGAAUCCAGUGGACGAGCGCAUGCAGAAACUCACGAAAGACAUCAACACCUUAAAGAAAAAGAUUAAAAAGAGAGAAGGAGAAUUCGAAGCGGCCACUGGAUUUAAGCCGUCGCACGUUGACAAGCUUAACGACAGCACUUUAAAGAAAUUGUAUUCGGAUCUAACCAAAUUGAAAAAGGAACAAAAACAGUUAACAGAGGUGUCUGGCGGAUGUGCUUUGAUUCAAGGGGAUGCCGUUAAAGACGACAAACCCUUAACUGCCGUUAAUAUUAAGGAUACUGUUUAUGAAUUGGAAAAGAAAUUGGCGUCGAAACGAGAAUCGACCAACAGGAGUUACAACAUUGAAGAAAUGACCCCCGAACAGCUCUUGGACGAAAAAGUGGCUAUACAAAAAGCUCUGUUGUAUUUGGAAUCUGUACACGGUCGUCCAAACAACAAGGAAGACCGGGACUUAGUCAGACCUUUUUACGACAGGUACAGAACUCUAAAAAGGAUGGUCGCCAAAAUAUCAACGCCAAGUUUGGAACUCGCAACAAUUCACGAGGACGAAACCAUGCAUUUCAUAACACCUCUGCCAACACAGACGUCGGAAAAUGAAGAGGAGAAACCGAAAUUGAAUGCUUCUUCCAGUACAGAUAGCGACACCGACGUGUCCGUCAGUGAGACAUACCAUUCUCUCACCAGAGACGAGCUUUUAGCCGAGUUAAAAAUUGUAACUGAAGAAAAGAAGGAACUAAGAAGAACCAUUAAGGAGUUUGAGUCGAACGUACAACAAAAAACGGGAAGAAUGAUUCAGAAAGAAGAUAAGGCACCCAUUGAAUAUGCUUACACAUCGUACAAGAAGGUUAAGGCGAAACUUAGGCUUUUGGAAGCUUUGGUUGGAAAGCAAAAUUAAGCAUAAGGUGGCUAAAUAGUAUUUAAAAAUGUCAUGUUCAAACCAUUUAAGAUCUAAGAAAUUUUAUUAUCUAUUACGUGUUAAAAACUAAGCGUAAGUUAGCUUGAUGUUAACUUGAUAUCAUAGUUUUUAUUCAAUGUUGACAAGCAUUCCUGAAAAUUUUGGAAAUAUUGUUAUAUUUAGAAUAAGACGUACAAAUCGAAUUGACCAAAUUAUGACUAUUUAAAAGUUAAAUUGAUAUUAUAAAAGGAUAUAACGGUGAAAAAUUAAGUUACAAAUUGAGGACAAUUAAAACUAAAAAUAUCAGUUUUCCACUAUUACUACCAAUCAUCAUUACAGGACGACAUUCUAUAACAAGAGUAAAAUCAUGUUUUGAAUAAUAUAUUUUCGAAAUGUAUAUUAGUCAUUAGAUAACUGUUACUAGCGUAACUUAAAUAUAAAUAUUUCGAUUAUAUAAAAUGUUUCAUUACAUUUUUAAGACGAAAAAAAUAAUAUUCGAAAUGACAAUUGUGCUAAACUUUUUCUAAGGAGAGAAAUUUUGGAAUGUCGAUCAAAUCUAAUAUUAUUUUUCUUGUAGCUCUAACUUUUGGAACUGAUUUUACAAAAUUAUGUGAUCAUCUUGACUUUUCUAUAUACACGUAAAAUAACUGUUUUGCUAUUUGAACACUUUUAAUAUAUGGUUAAUUAAUUUUUGUAUGUAAAUAAUUUUCCUCUUAUGACUUACUCAAUAGUGGCAUCAAAUCGUACAAAAGAGAUAGAACCUAGAGGCUAAAUUUUCUGUAGGAUACAACUAAUUAUGUUUCUUAAUUUGUAGGCGUUAGAAUUUGUUAAAAUUUUGAAAACUAAUCACACAGUUAACAAUGACAUAAUUUCAUUUUUAUCUUAUAAAAACUGUUUGUUAUACAUAGUAGGACUUCUGUGUAUUUAAAAUAAAAUGCAUUAACUAACAAAA